AGCUGCCACCCUUCACCUUCUCAUCGAUCACCCCCACCAUGUCUAUCCCCCCCUUCAUCUUCAGUCUGCUAUAUGCAUUUCACUACGGCAAUGAUCUUGGAAGCGAGCCUCAUAGGCAACGUCUUCCCACUUUAUUCACGUCCCCGCCAAGCGACUUCGACCCCACCACCUCCGUCCUUUCCUCAUCACAGAACAGCACUAUAUCCUAUCGGUACAUUCACGAUACCAAGCUCCUCGUCAUCUACAAGACCAUGUACGAGUACGCGAAGGACCCCACUGAGAUUCGGAUCUGGCAGCUCCAGCACGACGAAUGGGCAGAUUGCCAUGAGGAAGAGGAGGGGGAGGUGUCGGUUCGCUGUCUGGGGUGCUCGGAGCUCGUGGUGUUCGACGUGUGGGAGGCGCAUCGGGAUGGAUGUUCGGGGAUUGAGGAUAAGAUGGUGCGAGCGGUGAUGGCGGAUAUGGUGAAUGAGGAAGAGGAAGAAGAGGAACGGAGACGGUGCUGGACGAUCAGGUCGCUUCGUGGGUCUCCUGUCGCUGAGAACGCGGACGCAGAUGUUGAGAUUCAGGAUGAUGAGGUGCUUCAGAGUAAGAGGAGGAGCUUGGGGAUGCGGUUGUGUUCGGCCCUUCAUUUCAUCGGGAAUAAGCAUUCGAAGGAAUGA